UUCACGAGCCGCCGCCGGCCUCUCAGUCAGCAAAUAACCUCGCGUCGGUUCGGAUCGCAACGGUCUCGGCUAGAAUUCCUUUUUUUUUUCUCCUGUGAAUAGUUGGUCCUCCGCCACUCCGUCGUCAGCAUAGCAUGUGCCCACCAGUUCACAGCCGCGUACACGUUUACCAGCCGCAUUACCAGGCCCACAAUAAACUCGUCUCGUACGGCUACCGUUAGGGUCGGUCGCCGGGUGACACUGUGUGUGCUUGUAACCAUUUGUUUUUUUUCCGCGUGGAAAGCCCUUCUCGCUCGGUGUCGCGCGCGACGGAGCAGCAGCAGCAGGCUGUCUUAACUCGCAGGGAAUAAAGUCUCGACGGAGCGAAGUGCGAAGUGGUAGUAUGAUUUUUUCUUGGAUAUUCCAGUGAGAUUGUUCCGGGAUCGCCUCGUAUCGGGUGGGCGAAUUCGCACGUGGAUGUAAUAGUGUUUGACGCGCGUCGCAACGCCGAGCCACCACGUUACUUUCCGACCCGAUAUAUAUAUAUAUCAGCGGCGAUCGGACGAAGGAGGUAACGGCGACGCAACAAGCUUCUCCCGGACGAAAAAAAGAAUCGAGUGAACGGAACGGGGAAAGAUCGGGGACAAGAUACGAAAUUGCGAGAGCGGGCCGAGAGAGCGACCGAGAGAGAACCGCGCGCCGGGCUGCGCUUUAAAGAGGGAAAAAGACGCGACGGAAAUCUUCAUUUCGAGACGAGCAAAACCAGCCGGGGGAGCAAGAUGAGCUGUUGCACGAGCGCGCCGAUCGUAACCCAAACUUGCGAGACACUGCUGAGCAAGUGCGAGAUACCGAUCAUCGACCUCGCUCACAUGGGCACCGAGAGAUGUCCUCAGAAGGGUGUCGUGAAACAAGUGGCCACGAAGCUGGUAAGGGCGCUGUCCGAGAAAGGACUGGCCUUGCUCGUCAACCACGGCAUUCCGGAAUGCAAGAUGAAGGCUGCCUACAGAGCGCUCGACGCUUUCUGCGAACAACCGGAGGAGACGCGUGUCAAAUAUAUAAAAAACUCGCCCUGCAAUCACGGUUACAUCAAACCUGGACCAUCAACAUACACCGACGAGAAAGAAGCCCGGCAUGCUUUUAACGUGACCGGAAGUGGAGGACCUUUACCCGAUGCAGAAGUGCCCAGCUUCAAAUUGGCCGUCGACGAUCUCACGCGGGAUUUCAGACAACUCUCCGCCAUGCUCUUAACUGCUCUUGCCGUGGGUCUAGAGCAAUCACCAGACUUCCUGCUCUCGAAGCAUUCGCGGAUGCUGGAAUCUGGCAACGAAUCCAUGCUACGUCUACUUUACUAUCCACCCCUUGGUGCACCGGCGCCAGGACUGGCUCGUUGCGGCGCCCAUUGUGACUAUGGAACUCUCACCUUAAUAGCUCAGGAUUGCGAGGGAGGUUUGGAAAUACAGACUCCGCACGGGGAACGUUGGGCACGCGUUGGCCAUCUUCCGGGCGCCAUUUUAGUGAACACCGGCGACAUACUGGCGAACUGGACCAACAAUCAACUACCGGCGUUGAGACACCGCGUCGUUGUGCCGGAACACUGCGGACGAGGUCGUCAUUCCAUUGCCUUUUUUGUGCAUCCGGACGACAACACGGCCAUCGAACCUUUGGACACAAAAAUCACGAUACAGAAUCAAGAAACGGCGCCGUGUCGUUUGCAGAAAAAAAAACGCGGAGUAAUGACAGCGUAUCAUCAUCUGCAACGUAGACUUCGAGAAACUUAUGCCUCUUAACGAUACUGAUCGAUAUACAAUGCCCCCCCCCCCCCGCCAGCCAAGCACGAAUGAUCUUAGUAACAUUAUCAUCGACUAUUUUGAAAACCAUUGAAAACGAUGCGACACAGGGUAGAUUGAUUCGAUUCGAUGAUAUUCGUGUUAUAAUUAAAAUCGACGAUAAGACAGAGGAAGAAGUUACUAUUAUUGACUUUUAUUCGAUCGUAAAACGAUAGAUCCACUUCUCCGUUUCAAACGUGCGACAGAAUUCCGUUGAUGAAUUGUAAGAAACUGCGAUAUAUGUUGCAUCACAAUGGCAAUAAUAAAGGAAUUUGUACUUACACUUUUGUAAAAAAGAAACAAGGCAUUUUUAUACGAGUGAUUCAGAUUUCCCAAGUAUAAAGAAAAGAUAGGCGUAUUUUUCUUUCUAUUUUCUAUUUAACAAAUUAUUGUUUUUGUAUUCGAUCGAGAGUACAAAACUGUCAACUUAGAAACCGGGAUUCCAGCCGAUCGUUUGAGGCACCUCUUUCAGUAUGAAACAGACUAGAGUAUCCCCUGGUUGGAAUUGUAGAGUUGGAUUGUCCAAUCUGAGACCGCAUUCGACGUCCGUUUCUAUUUUCGACACCUCGUCUUUCAAGUGUCUCAUCGACACCAUUUUUCCUGCGAGAAAAAGUAUUCACAAUAUUUGAUUCUUGACUGAUACGCAUACUAUACAAGUAUUAUUUUAAUUGUUCACCGAGUAAUUGAGAGAAGAGAAAAAAUAAAGUUGAAACAACACAAUCGA